AUGGAGCUAUCCAAUAAAUCGCAGCCGUCACGUGAAAUCCAGGAAGCUUUUGACCUAUUUGAUGCACAUAAAACGGGCUUUAUCGACACGAAAGAUUUGAAAGUGGCUAUGAGGGCUCUUGGCUUUGAGCCAAAGAAGGAAGAAAUAAAGAAGCUCAUUGCGGAUUACGAUCCUGAGGGCAAAGGCGUUUUAUCAUAUUCUGAUUUUUUAAGAAUGAUGACAAUCAAGAUGCAGGACAAGGAUGCUCGCGAAGAAGUGAUUAAAGCAUUCAAAUUAUUUGAUGAUGACGAAACUGGAUCCAUAUCUUUUAAAAAUUUGAAACGUGUUGCAAAGGAGCUUGGUGAAAAUAUUACAGAUAUAGAACUUCAGGAGAUGAUAGAUGAAGCUGAUAAGGAUGGUGACGGUGUUGUCAAUGAAGCAGAAUUUCUUCGCAUCAUGAAGAAGACAAAUAUGUAUUGA